UGAUGUAUUACGAUGACUAUGAUACAACUGUACCAACUACAACAAGACAGAUAACUACCAACAAACACGGCGUCUUGAAGCUCUUGAACUGCUUUGACAUGGAUUGUGAGACACCAUGUUCAUUCAAGUUUGCUGAUGAUAAGAUUAUAGAGUCUACACCGGCAAAGCUGGCUGGUAUAUUUUGCAUGCAGAGGAUUGGAAGCAGAAAGGGUCAGAAGCUGUUAAAGUACUAUUGUCCUAGUGAUUUGACUGACAAUGUUUUAUACAGCAAAUACUUCACCGAUAUCAAAUCUACAAAGCAUCAGACGACGGUGACUAAGACAAACAUUUUAGAGAAGAUAAAACAACUUAUGGCAAAAAGGAGAAAAAGUGGGAAAAGAAAGAAAGUUGAUGAAAAGGAUCUAGUUUGCCUGAUAGGUCUUUAUCUUUGCUGUGUAUUGUUUUUUGGCGACAAAAAUGCCAAUGGAAUGAACGCGAAAUAUCUUGGUAUCGUUGAAACUUAUGAUACGGUGCUCAAGGUGUCGUGGCCUGAUUUAAUACACGAGCACUUGUUUGAAGAGAUUCAUACUAAUCUUAGUUGUUUGUCAAAUGUGAAGGCUUGUGUGCAAUACCUACUGUUAUUGUUUGCUGAACACACGCCAGCAGGAUUAAUCCCGAAAGUUGAGAACCACGAGGAAGAUAUCCCGAGGGUUGGGAGAUGGGAUAUAUACCAGAUUUCUGAUUACAUUUGGAAAACAGACAUGACACAGUUUUCG